AUGCCGGUCGCUGAUUUCAACACGCCUGCGGCCACCAAAGCCAGUAGCGACGCGGAGGAGCUCUCCUACUACAAGUCACAAUAUGAGCAACUAGAAGUUGAACUCGCCGAAUUCCAAGCAUCCAGUCGGGAACUGGAGGCUGAGUUGGAAAAGGACAUUGAGGCUUCUGAGAAACGAGAGCGACAUCUGAAGGGAAAGGUUGAGACAUUGUCAUAUGAAGUGGAGGAAUGGAAGACCAAGUACAAGCAAGCCAAAGCUGAGUCCAGCUCGGUUCAGAACACCCUGCAGAAGGAAAUCACUAGCCUGCGGGAGGGAAACAGAGCGCUGCAACUGAAGCUACGAGAUAUUGAAGUCGCAAACGAUGACUUUGAGCGCCAGGCUCGCAAUACAACCUCGUCCCUGGAGGAUCUGGAAUCUAAAUACAACAUUGCGAUCGAGCGAGCGGUGCUUUUGGACGACGAAAUCAAGAACGGGGAACAAGAGCGAGAAUCGUUACGCAUAGAGUCUCAGCGUCUGCGCGACGAGCUUUCAGACUUGAAAAUUGAGGCUGAUAUUAUCAACGACAAACUGCGCAAAGCCGAGAACGAACUCAACCGACGUCGCAAACCCGCUUUGUUCGAAACGCCUACUGCGCCUAGUUCUCGGGAUGUUGAACCUGGUCAACACUCGCCUGUAACCACCGCAUCGUCUCCGACCAUGACCACUCCUCCCGCAAAGUCCGUGUCGUCCGCGACAUCCGAUGCUAUCACUCCUCCUUCGCCAACUGCUUCCGAAUCUUCGGUCAGUGUGCGCAAGCAAGGAGCCGAAGGGGGCUUCACUGGCACACGAGUCUCACUUGGAAAGACAGCUCCUCGCUCAGCCUAUGCCAGACACACUCGUACGCCUUCCAUUCCCCAGGCUAAUGGCUUUACACCAUCAAUGUCUUUCCGCCAGAGUACUUCAAGACUCAGUUCGUCGGGCAUUCCUCGCUCAGGUUCGCUGUAUCAGAUUCGUGGCUUGAUCGGAAAGAUGCAAAAACUCGAGGAACGAGUGCACUCAGCUCGUUCUCGAUUGCCUGCUCCUUCGGAGACACCGACCGGUAUGUCGCCUCGAACACCAUCCGCUGCUGGCCAGAGUUCGAUACCGUCAUCCGUCACCCUGCGCAAGAGUUCUCGAAAGCGAACAAGUACGGGCAGCGCAAGCUCGUCUGUACGGGAUGGAGAGACCACUGGUUAUCCUUCAUCAUACCUUCCGCAAAGUCGUCAGUCAUAUGGGCGUUCAAAUGAUAGUAGACCAAGCAGUCGAACAAGCUUUUCAAGCCGCAGCUCAAUUGGGCCGGGCAAUUACACUAGCUCUGUCGCGCCAUCACGGCCGGAUAGCAGGCAAAGUGUCAACCGGGCUCGGACACCACUCGGCCACUAUUCGACCAACCCAACGACAGAGAGUCGACGUCCACGAUCUUCGAUGAGCUCAUACUCUCAUCAUGGACCGGCAAAGGGCAUGACUUUUAUCGAAGAAGACGUUGAUAUUUCAACUCCUACUCCGCGUCGAGACACGCUAGACCAGGGAUCUUUCCGUUCGUCUAUUCCUGCACCCGGGGGUUUGAAAAAGCGACCAAAUGGCAGCAUCGGACAGAAGACGACAACCUUGCCUACACCACGACGAGUAACAUCCAAGAUUGAUGUACAGAAACAUGCACCGAAAUCCAGCGAUGAGGCUCCUCUGAAGUUGGAAGAUCUCGGCGAGACUUACUGA